AUGGCCGCAGGCCCGCAGGGGUUACUGUUCUUCAACUACAAAUCUUCUAUGUACACCAGGCAAUGCAAUAAUACUCACGGUGUCACGCAAUAUAUUUUUCUCUCUACUAAAGCUGUUUUUUCUUUUGUUCCGUCUAUUUUGGUUAUGGGAACAUCAUCGCUCAGACUCGCAGCUGGUGAGUGGUUCACAGCCAGAGUAUCAGCUUGUGGGAUUUUCCACAUUGCAUACCCAAGCACCCUUGAUAUGUUAAAGACCGAGUUAAGAUCUAUAUACACCCAGCUUUGUCAAGAUGAUAUUCCAGUGGUGCGAAGAGCUGCAGCAACCAAUCUGGGGAAGCUUUCUACUACGAUUGAAUCAGCACAUUUGAAGGCAGGCAUUAUGUCUAUGUUUGAUGAUCUUACUCAAGAUGAGCAAGAUUAUGUUAGAUUAUUGGCUGUUGAGGGUUGUGCUACUAUUUGGAAGUUUUUGGAUCCCCAGGAUUGUGUCGCGCACAUUCUUCCCGUGAUUGCUAGUUUCUCGCAGGUGAUGUGUAGACUUUUGUUAGUAAUAUAUUUAGGCUUUUGUGCUAGUAAUUUUCUUUCCGAGCAGGACAACUCGUGGCGUGUGCGGUAUAUGGUUGCAAAUCAGCUCUACGAGCUUUGUGAAGCUGUGACGGAGCUGGUGCCUGCAUAUGUGUGUCUACUUCGUGACAAUGAGGCUGAAGUAUGCGUAGCAGCUACUGGAAAAGUUCCUAAGUUGUGUCAGAUCCUAAACCCUGAACUUGCUAUUAAGCACAUAUUCCCCUGUGUAAAGGAGCUAUCAUCUGACUCUUCUCAACACGUCAGAUCUGCAUUGUCCUCAGUUUUAGUUGGGAUAGCUCCUAUCCUGGGUAAACAUCUCCUUCCAAUCUUUCUUUCUCUGUUGAAAGAUGAAUUACCUGAUGUACGCUUGAACACUAUUAGCAAACUCGACCAAAUGAAUCAGGUUAUUGGGGUUGAUCUACUAUCACAAUCCUUGUUGCCAGCAAUUGUGGAGCUUGCUGAAGAUAGACACUGGAGAGUAAGACUUGCUAUAAUAGAGUACUUACCUUUGUUGGCAAGUCAGUUAGGUGUUGGAUUGUCUGUGCAUGCAAUGGUCCACUCAAUCCGCAAUGCUGCUAGGUGA